CCGGCCAAUCAGCAGCGCGGGGGCGCGGCCGGCAGCGCGGGGAAGAUGGCGGACGCGGAGAGCGGCGUGGGGAAGCGGCCCAGGGGCGCGCAGGUUGAGGACAGGAAGGUGGACUGGCGGCGCUGGAAGCAGGAGAGGAAAGCAGAGACGAAGAAAUGGAAGGAAAUUAAGCUGCUGAAGAAACUGGAGAAACAGCGGAUGCGGGAGCUGGCAGAACAGCAAGCCCAGACGCAGGAGGAGCAGAAGGAAGACACAGGCCGGCCGCACACGCUGAGCGUGGCCCUGCCCGGCUCCAUCCUGAACAACGCGCAGUCGCCGGCGCUGCGCUCCUACCUGGCGGGACAGAUCGCCCGCGCCUGCGCCAUCUUCUGCGUGGACGAGAUCGUGGUGUUCGACGAGCACGGAGAGGAUGUCAAGAGCGUGGAGGGGGAUUUUGAAGGAGUUGGGAAGAAAGGCAAGGCUUGUGUGCAGCUGGCUCGGAUCCUGCAGUACUUGGAGUGCCCUCAGUACUUGAGGAAAUCCUUUUUUCCUAAGCAUGAGGAUCUGCAGUUUGCAGGGCUGCUCAACCCCCUGGACAGCCCCCACCACAUGCGGAUGGACGAGGACUCGGAGUACCGCGAGGGCGUCGUGCUGGACCGGCCCACGAAGCCGGGCAGAGGCUCUUUUGUUAACUGUGGCAUGAGGAAGGAGGUGCAGAUUGACAAACAGCUGAACCCUGGUCUGCGAGUCACUGUGCGUCUGAAGGAGCCCCAGAAUCCAGAAGCCAAAGUGCGGAAAGGCACCGUGGUGUCCUCGCAGCACCCCCGGGCAGUCUCAGGCUUGUACUGGGGUUACAGUGUCCGCCUGGCCUCCUGCUUGAGUGCCGUCUUUUCCGAGUGCCCAUUCAAGGAAGGUUACGAUCUCUCUAUUGGGACCUCAGAAAGGGGCAGCUCCGUGGACCAGGUCACUCUGCCCUCCUUCAGGCAUGCCCUUGUCGUAUUUGGAGGCCUUGAGGGCUUGGAAGCUGGGGUUGAUGUGGACCCAAACCUGGAGGUCACCGACCCAAGUGUCUUGUUUGACUUCUACCUGAACACGUGUCCCAGCCAAGGCAGCAGAACCAUCCGGACAGAGGAAGCGCUGCUGAUCUCUCUGUCUGCGCUGAGACCACACAUUGAGGCGGCUGUGAAGACACCCAAAGACAGCUGAGGGAGGAGAAACCACUGGCCUGCCCUUGGGGAGGCAGCUCUUCAAACGUGGGGUGCUGGGCAAGCCACUCCAGGAGCCUGGAGGGACCGAGGCACAGUGUGACUGGAGCUGGCAGCGCUGCCCAGCUGUGGAGACCCAGGGACCUAGCAGUGGAGCUGUAAUUCCUCAGCCCUGAAGGGCAAAGGUGACUGGGGUCAAAGGAGACACGGCUCUGGCUGCAGUGGUCUCACCCAGGAGCACUCAGGUUGCAUUGGUAUCGCCCGGUCCAACUGCCCUUUUCCUUAUAUGGACUCCCUCUAGAAUGUUCUCCCCGCUCUUGCCCCUUAUUGGUCCAGGUUACUGUAAUGCCCCGCCCGUUACCUCAUUGGUUGCCCAGUUGGCUGCCCCGCCCCUGCACCACGUGCACUCAGUUCCCAUUGGCCCUUGGCCCUCGGACCCGCCCCUUUCUCCCUUAUAAAACCCUGUGCCCUCAGCCCCGCUCGGUCUCCGUCCCUGGACCCUCCUCAGGGCAAUAAACUGCGUCUGGAGCACCACAAAAA